AGUGCCUCCUAUAAAAGCCACCUGCUGCUGUCCUCCGCUCACUCUUCAGUUGACACUCGGCAUACAAGGUAAGGAAAUACUGCUCUAGAAUCAAUGUUUUUUGCGGGAUAAAUGCUACUUCCACACCAGCUAAACAAUGUCCCCGUCUGCCAUGUGCAUUUCUGUGGUGGUGUUUGUGGAAAAAAGGUUAAAUUACCGACGUAAAAUAACUAAAAUGUUUGUUAAAAAUUAAUCUUUUUGUUCCUCUUUUCUUUCAGAAAUGACUCCUCCACAUGGGAGCUCCAUCUGCCCUAUAUGCCUCCAUGUCUAUCAGGCACUAGCACAACACCUAAAGCGGGCACAUGGUGUCUUUAAUCUGCAUGAGAGGAGGCUGUUACUCAGCAUGGCCUCCGGACGGGUCAAUAUCCGGCAGUGCCCUUGUCCAGUCUCGGGCUGCUCCUACCACAGCACGAGACUGGACCAGCACCUUCUGGAUGGGCACCCGGAGCUGACCCGGACCCGCUUAUUGAACGAGGAGCACGCCGUCAGAAAGGCGGCGGUAGUUCAGCUGCUGGGCUGCCUGAGGGCCACAAACCCUCGGGUAGCCAUGGUCUCGGCGUUAGACCUGGUUGUGUGCUCAGCUGAGGACCGGCAGGUUGUCGGCGAGGUCGACCCGGGGGUGGUGGUCGCCUGCCAAAUGCCAGCAUGUGUGAGUGUGAGGGCGGAGCACCAGGAGAACACUGCCACCAUGGAGCGGCUGGAGAGGGAGUCUACCCUGCAUCUAAAAACAAUCAAGGUGCAGGCCCGGAAGCUCCGCCGCUACCAGCUGGUAGUCAGAGGGAUGAAUGAAGCUGCAGCGGGCAGCCGGGAGAAGGAGGUCGAACAGCGGCCGGAGGAGGUCGAACAGCGGCCGGAGGAGGUCGUGGCCGGGCCAAGCAGGCAGCUGCAGCACCUGGCCCUCCCUCCCAGUAUUGAAACGUUUUUGGCCGGAUAUGAAGCCUAUCAACUGGGCAUUCAGCCCACUCCAAAGCAUGUGGAGAAUUCCACCUCCAAGGUCAAUCGGGUGAGGUCCUUCUUGUUCCACCUAUCGGCGGGGAAGAACCACCUCGCCUCGUGGCUCUUUCUCGACGACAUGCCUGCAGUAACAAAGUAUGCAACGCAUCUGUUGAGGGAGGGCAAGGAGGUCACGACCGUCAGCUUUUACCUCCGGAACAUCAUCCAGUUCCUGGGGUACCUGAAGGACACCCCGCCCAGGGCCUGCAGGUUACGGAAGCCCCAAAUCCACGGGGUAAUCAGGGCGGUCCACAUGGCCGUGAAGAAUUUGGCCAGGCCCAUAGUGACACACCAGCUGAAAGUGAAGGCCAAAAAGAUGGCCAGCAUUGUCUCCAGGGAGAACCUGAAGAGGUGCCAGGAGCAGGCCAGGGUGGCGAUCCCGGAGCUGCUGACCAGGAUGGAGGACGACAGCUCUUCCAACCUCAGAGACGACUUCUCCGGGUACUUCUCGGCCUUUGUCAUCACCAUCUAUGGACACAGGCCGGGAGUACUCACCAACAUGACCAUCUCUGAGGUUGAGGCGGCCAAGGCGGACCCUCUCCUCCCGACUGACUCCGGCUACGUCAUCACUAUCGACGAGCACAAAACCAACCGCACCUUUGGUGGAGCCCAGAUUUUCCUGACCUUCGAGGAGUUCUCCUGGCUGGAGAGGUGGUCUGGGCCCACAUGGGCCUGCCUGGACGGCCUACGUUCACGGACCUGA